AUGAAUCAACCCCCGAGCGAAGUCAUCUUCUCGCUUGCCCCGCUAGCCGGGGAUAAGAGCAGCGAAUCGUGCGUGUUUCAAUAUGACCACGGGGCGAUCAAAUUGAGAGCCCCGAAAAAAAGAGGUAGACCAAGAGGAUCAACCAAGAAAACGCAGAGUAGCAGUAGCAGCAAUGAGAGUGGCGACAUCCAAAGUGACUACGACUUUGUCAAUGUCACGACUGAGCAAAAGCACGUCGACCAAGAUGCGCGCGUGAAAAUUAGGAAACGCGUCAUGGUAAACCAUAUGCGUCUCAAGCGUGUGGAACGGCAGAAACAUAACGAGCACUCUCGCUUGCCUGUGACUCGGAUGAACAGCUUCGACCCCUUUGAUGUAUCCCCAUUUCAUCUCGAGCCGUAUAUGCAUGAUCUUCUGAAAUUCUAUAUAACAACGGGCUGGAAAUCGUUUUAUUCCAUUGAAAAAUACGCCGAUUUCAACCCUACGGCCGACUACUGGCUACCGAUGGCGUUUCAAGACGGCGCUUUUCUACACACAUUACUAGGCUGCGCAGACUCUCGGGGCCCAAACCGGCCGAGAUCAAUCAGACAUUUGAAUGCAGCCAUCUCGAUAGUCAACCGACGGAUUACCAAUAUCCGGUCCGUGACAGACGAGACGCUUCUCGUAGUUGCCACGGUUGCGAUAAUCGAGAAAUCACGCGGUGCUCAUGAUCGUUGGCAGGCACAUAUGGAGGGACUCCGUAACCUAGUUAACCUACGUGGUGGUCUCACCUGUUUAGAAUCGAAGCCUCUGCUCAUGGGAAAAUUAUACCGAGCCGAUCUCUGCGGAUCCAUCGACGCAGUCCAAACCCCGUACUUCUCCGGUCGUUACAUCCCCGUUCCUUCUGCAACCACCAACACCGGGGUCCAUACCAAGGGCUUUCAACGCCUUGAAAAAAAUAUCACCCUCGAUGAGACACUGAAGUACUGUAUAAAUUCGCUUGCAGAUGCGGUGCAAUCCAUGAAACGUCUAAAGAGCAAGAAGGGUGGCUGCGCGGAGGCUGCCCAGAUCCGGUUUUGGUUUACAGCGACUCAAUACACGCUCCUCUCAGUUGAUUACCAGAAUAGUCAAACCUCCCUUCAGAUUUGUGGACUAGCUUUGAUUCUCUUUUCGACAUGUCUGACUAGCGAACAAAAUACGCAGCUGCCCGUGUGCGACAUGCUUAUUGCGAAACUACAGGGUCUUUGGGAAGAAGGAAGCUUCCGUCCACUGGGGGCUGAUUUCACAUUAUGGACUAUAUUCUUGGCGUUUUGUACCGUGUCUGAUGAUCGGCUUAGAGAGUGGUGUCUUUCAGCCUUGCGGACAACUGCUAAUGAUAUGGGGGUUCGUUCUUGGGAAGAGAUUUCACAGGUCUUGGAGACAUUCUUGUGGGAUUCCGACUUGUUUGACUAUAAGUAUCUGGACAUCUGGAAUGAUACGCGGGGUUAA